AAAACCCUUAUUCUCUAACCAUUCAUUACAACAAAGCAAAGCACGCAAUUACGAUGGCUCGUUACGGCGAGGGCGACAAACGGUGGAUCGUGGAGGACCGCCCCGACGGCACCAACGUCCACAACUGGCACUGGGCGGAGACCAACUGUCUCGAAUGGUCCAGAACACUCUUCUCUUCCCUCCUCUCCAACCUCACAAUUCUUGACGGCGAGGGGAAUCUUUUCAUCAAAACCACCUCACUCCGCUCCCUCGACGGCGAGGCCUACAUCAACAUCCGCAAGGGAAAGAUCAUCCCCGGCUACGAGAUCAGCCUCACGCUCAAUUGGCACGGCGAGGCCAAGGACUCCAACGGAGCUUCGCUUCUCCAAGUCGAAGGCGCCGUCGAAAUUCCCUACAUAUCCGACGAGAAUGCCGACGAGGAUCCCGAGCUCAGAAUCACCGUCAACGACGAAGGACCGGUAGGGAAGAGGAUCAAGGACGCAAUGCUUUCCAAGGGGAAGCCUUUGAUCUUGGAGAAGGUUAGGGUUUGGGUGCAGAGCAUGGCCAGAGGCGGUCCUGUUAAGGACGAAUUGGAGAAGAAGCCAGCGCCGUCUCCGUCUCCGUCGCCAUCACCGGCGCGGCCUGCGCCGUCUCCGUCACCGCCCACUACGGCUGCGCCGAAGAAGGAAACUUCGACGUCUACGAAGAAGAAGGAGAAGAAGGGAGUGAAGAGUAUCAGUAUGACUGAGAGGUUCAAUUGCAGGGCGAAGGACUUGUAUGAGAUAUUGAUGGAUGAGAAUAGAUGGAAGGGUUUCACGCAGAGCAAUGCGAGGAUUAGUAAAGAGGUUGGUGGUGAGUUUAGCAUUUUUGAUGGAUCGGUGACUGGAACUAAUUUGGAGUUGCAGGAGGGUAAGUUGAUUGUGCAGAAAUGGAGGUUCGGAAGCUGGAACGAUGGAGUUCAAUCCACAGUGAGGCUUGUGUUUGAGGAGCCUGAAACGGGUGUUACGGUUGUUAAGCUGACUCAUUCUGAUGUGCCUGAAGAGGACAGGUAUGGAAAUGCAACUGUUGCGGAGAACACCGAAAGGGGGUGGCGGGAUCUUAUCUUCCAAAGGAUACGUGCGGUUUUUGGUUUUGGAAUUUGAGAUUUUGUGAUUGUAUUCCCUGCAUCAUGGAGCUAGCUGAUUUUCAUUUGAUAUUCAUUAGUAAGGAAAGAUUAAUUCAUGGAUAAUGUGACAUUAAUGGAUAAUGCAUCUUCGUUUGUGCAA